AUGCAGAAGAUGGGCAAGAACUGCGAGCGGUGCGCGGAGUGGCAAGAGCAUUGCUACUGGAGCCACAUGGCUGAUGAGAACAAGCACUUCUUCAAGCUCAUGGCUGGGGACUUCGCCCAAAGCAUGAGCUUACCUGGUAGGUUUGCAAAGAACUUCAACGGGCGCAUCUCUGAGGUCAUCAAUCUGAAGCCCCAUAGUGGCAAAUCUUGGAGCAUCGAAGUAGCCGGCGACACCGACGAAGUAGUCCUCCGGUCUGGGUGGAAGGAGUUUGUCGAUGACCACGGCAUCGGGGAAGGAGACCGCCUGCUCUUCAGAUACAGUGGAGCGUCCUCCUUUGAUGUCCUGAUGUUCGACUCGGCCGGCUGCCAGAAACCACCGUCUCCUCGCCCCGUCAAACGUCGUGGCUGUGAUGACAAUGACAUAGCAGAGAACUCUGCCAGAGGUAAAGGUCGCCGAUGCGGCUACCACGCUUCCAACAAGGCUGAAGAACGCGCACCGCAUCCGCCUUCACCGGCGAAAGGCGACGGUGCUGGCCUGGAGAUGACACUCUACAGAGGCACCGGCAAGAGCAUUGCCGGGGCAGACCAUGGAGAUGUUGAUAUGAAUCAUGGUGGGGCGGCUGCCAAGAAUAGGUAUUACUUCUGCAAGAAUGGGCCCGUGAGCGAGUUCCAUCUGACAGAGGAAGACAAGGAGGAGAUAUCAAGCAUCCCUGUCCCGGUCGAGCCGAGGAACCCGGUGUUCGUGAAUGUGAUGCACGCGAGCCAUGUCCGUGGCACCACCCGGACCAGCAUUGUGGGCGUGUCCUCGGAUUUUGCAGGUAAGUACCUGGGAGGGAUCGGCAGAGAGAUCAUUCUGCGGAGAGCCGGCGGGAAAGGGGGGUGGCACGUCCGCUACACAAGCGGAGACAACUGCCGGGGCUUCUGCGGACGCGGGUGGCGCGACUUCGCCCGCGACAAUGGCCUCCUUGCACACGACGUCUGCAUUUUUGAGUUCAUGGAGGGUGCGCGGCGACCGGCGGCCAACGUUCACGUCCUGCGGAGGCUGCACGGCCGCUUCGUCCUGGUGCGCUGA